CCCCUCCUCUCUCUCUCUGUCAGGUGGAGAUGGAUGAUAUAGAGAAUGAGGACAAGCGGUAUUGUCUCUUCCUCCAGCUGCUAGGCGACAGCAGGAAGUGGGAGGAGUUUCAGCAGCUGAUGCUCCUCCUCCAGGCGUGGCCACCUAUGAUGAAAGAGGAAGUUGCUCAGUCUGAGCGUAACCCCUGGGUGGUGUUGACCUCGACCCUAAUAGAAUGCUGCAGAGGUCAAGGGUCAGAGAUCGGACUGGACCUGGGUCAGGAGAUCAUGAACAUGGUCCGCUCCCUCUACCCCUCCAAACACAAACUACCUGCACAGUGUAUCAGAUACAUGUCGUCCCUGCUCCUGGACCAACCAGGCCUACGGCUCCCAGCUCUGAAACUGUUGACCGAGAGUCAAGACCCCCAGCUGUUAGAGCUGGCCCUGGAUCAGAUCAACAACAUCACCGAGGUAACAAUCACACUUUAUUCAUCCGUAUUGACUCACAGAAUGGGUCUUCUGCUCCGUAUUGACUCACAGAAUGGGUCUUCUGCUCCGUAUUGACUCACAGAAUGAGUC